CAAUCUUGUUACAGCAGAAAGAAAAAAUCCGAGUGCUCCGGGAUGGCCCCGGGCCGUCGGUGACAGGAGCCCGAGCACCUGCCUGGGGAGGGACACAGGGACAUCAUGGGCAGCAAGGAGCGCUUCCACUGGCAGAGCCACAAUGUCAAGCAGAGCGGCGUGGACGACAUGGUGCUGCUGUCCAAGAUCUCCGAGGAGGCCAUCGUGGAGAACCUCAAGAAGCGUUUCAUGGACGAUUUCAUCUUUACCUACAUCGGGCCCGUGCUGAUCUCCGUGAACCCCUUCAAGCAGAUGCCGUAUUUCACCGACCGCGAGAUCGAGCUGUACCAGGGCGCGGCCCAGUAUGAAAAUCCCCCCCACAUCUACGCCCUGACUGACAACAUGUACCGGAACAUGCUGAUCGACGGGGAGAACCAGUGUGUCAUCAUCAGUGGAGAAAGCGGAGCUGGGAAAACGGUGGCAGCAAAAUACAUCAUGGGCUACAUCUCCAAAGUGUCUGGGGGUGGGGAGAAAGUCCAGCACGUGAAGGACAUCAUCCUGCAGUCCAACCCGCUGCUGGAAGCCUUUGGAAAUGCCAAAACUGUCCGGAACAACAAUUCCAGCCGCUUCGGAAAAUACUUUGAGAUCCAGUUCAGCCGGGGCGGAGAACCCGAUGGGGGCAAGAUCUCCAACUUCCUGCUGGAGAAGUCGCGCGUGGUGAGCCAGAACGAGUGCGAGCGGAAUUUCCACAUCUACUACCAGCUCAUCCAAGGGGCGUCCCAAGAGCAGCGGCAGAAUUUGGGCAUCAUGAACCCGGAUUAUUACUUCUACCUGAACCAGACAGACACCUACGAGGUGGAGGGCACAGAUGACUGCAGCGACUUCCACGAGACCAUGAAUGCCAUGCAGGUCAUCGGCAUCUGCGGCGAGGACCAGCAGCUGGUGCUGCAGAUCGUGGCAGGGAUCCUGCACCUGGGCAACAUCAGCUUCAGGGAGGAGGGCAACUACGCCCGGGUGGAGAACGCUGACUCCCUGGCCUUCCCUGCCUACCUGCUGGGGGUCGACCAGGAGCGCCUCAACGAGAAGGUCACCAGCAGGAAAAUGGACAGCAAGUGGGGCGGCCGCUCCGAGUCCAUCACUGUCACCCUCAACGUGGAGCAGGCGGCCUACACCCGCGACGCGCUGGCCAAGGGGCUCUACGCCCGCGUCUUCGACUUCCUGGUGGAGUCCAUCAACCGGGCCAUGCAGAAGCCGUACGAGGAGUACAGCGUCGGGGUGCUGGACAUCUACGGCUUCGAGAUAUUCCAGAAAAACGGCUUUGAGCAAUUCUGCAUUAACUUUGUGAAUGAGAAGCUGCAGCAGAUCUUCAUUGAGCUGACCUUGAAGGCAGAGCAGGAGGAAUAUGUGCAGGAGGGGAUCAAGUGGACGCAGAUCCAGUACUUCAACAACAAGGUGGUGUGUGACCUGAUAGAGAACAAGCUGAACCCUCCUGGGAUCAUGAGUGUCCUGGAUGACGUGUGUGCCACCAUGCAUGCCACGGGCGAGGGCGCCGACCAGACCCUGCUGCAGAAGCUGCAGGCGGCCGUGGGCACCCACGAGCACUUCAACAGCUGGAGCUCAGGCUUUGUCAUCCACCACUAUGCUGGCAAGGUGUCCUAUGAUGUGAAUGGCUUCUGCGAGCGCAACCGGGACGUGCUUUUCACCGACCUGAUCGAGCUCAUGCAGAGCAGUGAAUACGGUUUCAUCCGGAUGCUUUUCCCAGAAAAACUUGAUUCUGACAAAAAGGGACGGCCGACCACGGCAGGCUCCAAAAUCAAGAAACAGGCCAACGACCUGGUGAACACGCUCAUGAAGUGCACCCCACACUACAUCCGCUGCAUCAAACCCAACGAGACCAAGAAACCCCGGGACUGGGAGGAGAGCAGGGUGAAGCACCAGGUCGAGUACCUGGGGCUGAAGGAGAACAUCCGGGUGCGCCGGGCAGGCUUUGCCUACCGCCGCCUCUUCCACAAGUUCCUGCAACGCUACGCCAUCCUCACCCCCGAGACGUGGCCGGCGUGGCGCGGGGACGAGCGCCAAGGGGUGCAGCACCUCCUGCGCUCGGUCAACAUGGACCCAGACCAGUACCAGAUGGGCAGGAGCAAGGUGUUCGUCAAGAACCCCGAGUCGCUCUUCCUGCUCGAGGAGAUGCGGGAGAGGAAAUUUGACAGCUUCGCCCGGGUGAUCCAGAAGGCCUGGCGCCGGCACGUCGCCAUCCGCAAAUACGAGCAGAUGAGAGAGGAGGCUGCCAGCAUCCUCUACAACUUCAAAGAGCGGCGCAGGAACAGCAUCAACAGGAAUUUCGUGGGGGAUUACCUGGGCAUGGAGGAGAGGCCAGAGCUGAGGCAGUUCCUGGCCAAGCGGGAGCGCGUCGACUUCGCCGACUCCGUCACCAAAUACGACCGGAGGUUCAAGCCCAUCAAGCGGGAUUUCAUUCUCACCCCCAAGUACUUCUACCUGAUCGGGCGGGAGAAGGUGAAGAAGGGGCCUGAGAAGGGGCAGAUCAAGGAGGUGCUCAAGAAGAAGGUGGAGCUGCAGGCGGUGAGCGGUGUCUCGCUGAGCACCAGACAGGAUGACUUCUUCAUCCUCCACGAGAAUCACGCCGACAAUUUCUUGGAGUCCAUCUUCAAGACGGAGCUGAUCAGCCUCCUGUGCAAACGCUUCGAGGAGCUCACCCACUCCAAGCUGCCCCUCUCCUUCAAGGACACACUACAGUUUCGGGUGAAGAAGGAGGGCUGGGGUGGCGGUGGCACCCGCAAUGUCACCUUCAUCAGAGGACAGGGCGACGUGGCCGCCCUCAAAGCUGGAGGCAAAACCCUUACGAGCCCACAAGGAAGGGGGCAGCACAGGGCAGAGGUGGCAGCAGGCGUCCAGCACCUUCCCGCAGUGCCCCACCAGCACCCAGAGGAGCCUGCAGGAACGGGGGUCCCCAGGUCCCCCGCGAGGAUAGCUGGGCACAGAGGGACACCUACAAGAAGCCCCAGAAGCAGACGCGGGGCCCCCCGGCCACGGCGCUUCCCGCCCGCAACGCCGGCCACCAGCCCAAGGCACGGCCCCCAUCCGAGCACAACAUGGACUUCCUCAACGUGCCUGACCAGGGCGUGGCUGGGGUGCAGCGCCGGCGCAGCGUGGGCCAGCGGCCGCCCCCGGCCCGGCGCCCCAAGCCGCAGCCCAAGGCGGAGGGGCCGCGCUGCCGGGCGCUCUACCAGUACAUCGGGCAGGACGUGGACGAGCUCAGCUUCAACGUGGGGGACGUCAUUGACAUCCUGGUGGAAGAUGCCUCUGGCUGGUGGAAGGGCCAGCUGCACGGCAAGCAAGGGCUUUUCCCUGGGAAUUAUGUGCAGAAGAUAUGAGCUGGAGGAAAGGAGGAGCUCACCGUCCUCCCACCCCACCUCCAGAGGCUGUGCCCGAGGUGCCAGGGCACCUGAAGUUUUCACACCAGCUUCAAAACUUUCCAAGAACUUCCCAACCGUGAAGUUUUCCCACCGAUGCUAGCACAGAGUGAGCGUUUCCUCACGAGCCACCUGACUGUGCCGGUGCCAGGGGCUGGAUCCCACAGCCCCUUCAGCUGGGGGCACCCUGCAGCCAGGACGGGCUCUUGGCUGCGUCUUCGUACUCUGGGACUUAACCUACUAUGCGGUAUGAAUAGAAUCGUUGUUCAUAAUUAUGGUAAAUAAGCAGACUCAGCAAGCUGACUCAGAUUUUUAGUUUGAGGGUUGUAUUUCACCCACUGAGGCUGUUUCAAAAGCUGUGACGUGGGCGGACACAGAUCAGAGGCAGCCCCGUCCCUCCCACCACGAACCCUCCAGAAAAUGCUGAAUACACCAACCAGCUCUCCGGGCUCCAGCCCAGGCACCUCCAGGCUCCGCUGUGUCCUGGAUGGCUCAGCACAGCCGGCGAGGCACAGGAACAGUCCGAGGAUCCCUCAGCAAAGCCCGGGAGCUGCCACAGCCUCUCCUGGCGCUGCUCGGGGCACCUGUGGGGUCUCACCCCUCUGGGAUGCUUGGGGUGGCAGCUGAGACCCUCUGUGCCGACACGCCCCAGCCCAGGACAGGGGGACGGCGGGGCUGGGGUGUGGGGUGGGGGCUGAGCCCCAGCAGGGGCUGCCCCAGGGGGUUUCACCCGGGAGAGGGAGGAACAGCGCUGAAAUGUCCGCCUCAUGUCCGGCCUCCCCGCCAGGGCCCGCGCCGGAGGAAGUGACGACAGCCCACA